AUGGCAGAUGGCACAGACCACAAACAGACUACCAAUACUGUAGAGGAGCCCAUGGAUCUCAUCAGGCUCCUUUUGGAUGAGAGAAUUUAUGUGAAGUUGAGAAACGACCGUGAGCUUUGUGGCAGAUCAUGUCCUUAUGACCAACAUUUAAAUAUGAUCCUGGAAGUCAUAGAAGAAACUGUGACGUCGAUAGAGAUGGGUGAAGAGACAUAUGAAGAGAUAUAUAAAUCAACAAAACGGAACAUCCCCAUGCUCUUCGUCCAGAGAGAUGGUGCUGUUCUAGAUGCCCCUCCAUUGAUAGUCGACUGA